AUGAACGUGCGACUGGCGGAUCUGGAGUGUUCCACGGAGACCUUGGCUCCCUGGUCGGCCCUUCGCAGCGAGUUGGCGAAGCCCUCCGAUCCGCCAGAGGAUCUCGCCUAUGAGCUGGUGGACACCCACCGCGUGCACGCCAGCAGGCUGUACGACCACUUCUGGGGUGACCGGGCGAACCUGGAGCUUGGAGAUGCCUGGCCUUUCCAGCACUACUGUAUUUUGGGCCACGUCACAGCCCUCUACGUGCUGGCAUGGGCGCACGCGAGAAGACUAGACACGCAGCAAGCGGAGCGCUACUUGUCAGCUGCCGUGAUGAUGUUGAGGAUGGAUGAUCACGACUUCUUUGAGCACACCACUUGGCCAUUCUCGUCCUGGGACAUCCUCUCGAACCUCUUCUUCUUGCGCCAAGGCUGGCCCUUCGUCCCCAAGCACCAGAAGGUUCCGGACAGCCAGUGGGUGCGAAGCCGCUUGCCGCUGGUAUACCCGCCGCACGGUCCGCGUUGCUGGCCCCGCUGUGCGGAGGAGGAAGCAACUCCGCGGGUAAUCAAGGUUUGGUGGACUUCUAAGAACCCGGGGCCCUUCGUAGACUUCGCGACCAUCCUGGAAGAGUGGGUCAGCGACCGAUACGUUGUUGAUAUUUCCCACAACGCCCUGGCAGAUCAUUGCGAGUAUGCGCGCUACAAGGAUUGGCUUUGCUCCAAAGACGUGCGCCUGAAGGAGGUCUUACGAGAGCAGACCAUUCUCAGCCAGAUGUCACAAGCCGAGUGUGGCGAGGAGCGAGGACAGUGGUGCGGACUCCGGGAGCUGCACUUGGACUUCGAAGAGGUGAAGCGGCACUUCGACGCGCGCCUCUCCGCAGACCUGCGACAGAUGGAUCUCUUCGCAUGCGGCCACCCGCUUUUUUGGUGCCGCCUGGUGGAGAGUUACGGGGCUCCCAUCCUGGGGAUUUGGGACAUGAGCCACUCCUUCGCCGUGCCGGAGAUGAUGCAGGAGGCGUGGACCGGUGCCUUUCUGAACCUUUUCGCCCAAAAGCAGAAUUUGCUGGUGGCCAUGUCUGCCUACCACAGCUUCCAGGUGCGAUGGCUUCUUGGCUGGCGGGUGCCCUACUUCCAGCCGAUCACAGCUGAUGUGUCGCUGCACGCACGUUACCAGCCGCUGCGGGCGAAGGAGGUUCUGCUGAGCAAGUUCCGGGGACCCUACGACAUCCAGCUCCUGCUGCGGAUGGCAAAAGAGGCAGGUGAUGACUUCCCGCUGCGCUUUGUUCCGUGGGAUGACCUGCCCUGCGGCCGGGACUGCUCCAAGGCGGAGUUGGGCCACUUCCGCGCCUGCGUGCUGUCGGCCUACGACACGAGUCCCAUGAAGCUUACGGAGUUCUACGCUUUGGCUAUGCCUCUCUUCAUCUUCCGUGCGGGGCUCUGGCGCACUGCCAUGCGCUGGGCGAAGGCCGAUGCGAAGUCGGGCGGGGUGAACGCCAGCCUCCCAGGACGCAGUGCUGUGCUGCUGAAUGCUGAUACAGCCACUCGCGCACCCGAUGGCGCUUCCAUCGCACUUGCUUUGCAGCAGGAGACACAGGCGAUCCCUUGGCACGAUCCUUGGGGAACGGCUGCAUCGGAGGGUCCGCCAUUCCAGGACCUGCCGUACUCGCCCUUCAUGGAGAAUCGCAACGAGCUGCUUCCGCCGGGCGCUGGCUUCUGGGUGCAACUCACAGACUGGGCCUUGCUGCCGCACCUGCUGCACUACGAAAGCGCUGGGCACUUACUGUCCAUGUUGGCAGAGCUCAGCUUGCAGGAGCUUCAGAACAUCAGCGCGCGCAUGGUGGCACACUACAGUCGCCUCCUCGUCGCCUCUGUGAACUUCUGGAGAGGAAUCAUCCAGAGCCUCGUUGAAGGGGACGCUUCGCGCUGGAAAGGGUGA